AUGUUGACUACCAAGGGUAUAGCAGGCGCUGUGAGCAAUGUAACCCGCCGUCGACAAAAGAGAUUCUACACAUUGUUGGCCCUCGCUGCUACCGUCAUCGAAAAAUGCAAGUUAAAUGAGCCUAAUUACUCUCCUCCUCUCUUUCAAACAGUGGAGCAGUAUAUGAAGGAACACGCUUGUCUCGAUAACGAAGUGCUUCAAAAGGUGUGGCUCACGCAAACGACAGUGCGCAGUAGGUUAAUUGAUGCUCACAUGUCUGUAUCGAAGUGUGCGAAGGUCACUAAGGUGGACCGCUCCCAAAAGUUCCGCAGUUAA